ACCGGGACCGGGACCGGGACCGCCGCCGGGGCCGGGCCGGGCCGGGCCGGGCCGUGCCAGGGAUGCAGGGCAAGGGCAAGCUGCUGCUGGUCCACAACGGGCGCAUGGGCCCGGCCGUGUCAGACGGAGAAUUAAACGCCUCCAGGGCCCGGGGCAGCAACCACAGCGUGAACAGCCUGCCUGCCCCACAGACCACGUGCAGCUCCGCGCACGGCUCUGUGAGCAGCUGGGCAGAGUCCUUCGAGACGCUGCUGCAGGACCGCGUGGCCGUCACCUACUUCACCGAGUUCCUCAAGAAGGAGUUCAGCGCCGAGAACGUCUACUUCUGGCAGGCAUGCGAGCGCUUCCAGCAGAUCCCGGCCAGCGACACGCAGCAGCUGGCGCAGGAGGCACGGCGGAUCUACGAUGAGUUCCUCUCCAGCCACUCGGUGAGUCCCGUCAACAUUGACAGGCAGGCUUGGAUCGGGGAGGACAUGCUGGCCACCCCCUCCCCAGACAUGUUCCGCCUCCAGCAGCUCCAGAUCUUUAACCUGAUGAAGUUCGACAGCUACACACGCUUCGUGAAGUCCCCCCUCUACCAAGCCUGCCUGAGGGCUGAGAGCCAGGGGCAGCCCCUGCCAGACCUGCGGCCCCACUCCCGCAGCAGCAGCCCCCCUCCGGACCUCAGCAAGAAGUCGAAGCUGAAGCUGGGGAAGUCCCUGCCUCUCGGCGUGGAGACGGCCGGCAGCGGGGCCACCCGCAGCCCCCGCCGCUCCUUCCGCAAGGGCGAGCGACGGGAGCCCUCCUGGGCAGAUGGGGAAGAAGGCGGUGGAAGCGCCGUGCUGUGGCGAGAGUCCCAGGGCUCCCUCAACUCCUCCGCCAGCCUGGACCUGGGCUUCCUCUCCUCAGCCAGCACGGCCGCCAGCCCCUGGACGGAGGGUCAUCGCAAGAGCCUGGGGGGCAGCGAGGCCGAGGCCAAGCCCACCAAAUACUGCUGCGUCUACCUGCCCGACGGCACGGCCUCGCUGGCCGCUGUGCGGCCCGGCCUCUCCAUCCGCGACAUGCUGGCUGGGAUAUGCGAGAAGCGCGGCUUCAGCCUCCCCGACAUCAAGGUGUACCUGGUGGGCAACGAGCAGAAAGCGUUGGUGCUGGACCAGGAGUGCUGUGUGCUGGCAGACCAGGAGGUGAAGCUGGAGAACAGGAUCAGCUUUGACCUGGAAAUCUCCUCCCUCAGCAAGACCAUCCGCAUCACGGCCAAGUCCACCAAGCGCAUCCGGGAAGCUCUGCAGCCUGUGCUGGGCAAAUACGGCGUCAACGUGGAGCUGGCGCUGCUGCGGCGGCAAGGUGAGUCGGCAGCGCUGGACCUAGAGAAGCUGGUUAGCACGGUGGCUGCGCAGAAACUCGUCCUGGAAACGCCGGCAGACAUGAGAGUGACAGAGAGAGCCGAGGCUGCGGCCGCCCCCUCCCCGCUCCGCAGCGAGGAAGGAAGCCCGAUGGGAGCGGAGGCCGACGCGCCGUGGGGGAUGCCCUCCUCCUCCUGCAGGUCCCGGUCCUCGGCUGCCACCAACCUGAACCGCCGCACCUACGACCUGGAAGGGCUGGUGGAGCUGCUGAACCGUGCCCAGAGCUGCCGGGCCAACGACCAGCGGGGGCUGCUCUCCAAGGAGGACCUGGUGCUGCCUGACUUCCUCCAGCUGCCGGGGCAGGACAGCAGUGCCUGCGGGGGCUCCGAUCAGCCCAGCACCCCUCACCCGGGAUCCGAGGGGAACAAACACCCCGGCCCCACCGAGAAGUCCACACCAGCUCAGCCCGCGGUCCACCAGGAGCCCCGGUGAGCCCUGCCCCACGCCCGCACCCAGCGCCUGGCACCACCGACACUGCCCGGACCGCAGAUUCGUCCACGUCCUGUCCCAAACUCGUGUCGUGUUGCUGUGAGUGGUUGAGCAGCUGCCGUGCCCCUCAGUGGGGCCACAUCCCGGUGCACGUCCAGGGAGUCCUGUACAUAGUUUGACCCCCCCCCUCUGCAAAGCACUCGGCAGCGUCCCGCGCACGCCUGGCACUGCCCUGCCCGGUGCUUCUGCCUCUCCUGCCUGGGGCAGGGCUGCCUCGGGGUGAAUCCUGCUUGCGCCAAGCUGGCACGGCCCCCCAGGAAGGAGCCUGCCAGCCGAAGGGCGUGCGGGACAGAGAGGAUGUGGGUGGGUGGGGUGGCAGGGCAGGGCAGCCCUGGGCCCCCCUGCCACAGGCAGGCAGGGACAGGAGAGAGGGUGGGGAUGGAUCUAGCCCCAUCCUGGCAGUGGGUUCCCAUGGUGAGACCCUGCACGGGGGGCUGCUGAAACGGCCCCCUGCCCUGUCCCUGCUGGGGCAGCGGGCUCUCAGCCCUUGGGGCCAGGCUUGCCAUGUGUUGGAGGCACUGGAGCAGCACAGCACCUCUGGGUGCCGAGCAUCUCAGCCUGCCCUGGGUGCUGCCGGGUGCCCGGUGUGCCGCGUGGCCAGACCCGGCUGUGCCCUGGGCCACCGCUCGGUCCCCACUGCCCGGCCAGAGGCAGAGGGGUGGCCCAGGGCAGCCUCCCGGGGGGGAGCACAGCCCCCGGGCUGGUCCCCAGGGCUGGCACAGAGCCCUCGUGUGUCUCCGUGGUGCUGCUCGGUCCUGUCCGUGGUGUGAAACCGGGGGAAAUAAAGAGCAUUGCCUGGAA